UUCUGUGCAACGCUUGGAACCACACCUUGCUGCUCCUUCGACAAGCUGUUAGAGCUGGGUCCUAUUUGCAAUAAGGAAAAUAUCUGGAUGCAUAUUGAUGCAGCCUACGCCGGGAGUGCAUUCAUCUGCCCUGAAUUCAGGCACCUUUUAAAUGGAGUGGAGUUUGCAGAUACUUUUAACUUUAGUACUCACAAAUGGCUCCUGGUGAAUUCUGACUGCUCUGCUAUGUGGGUGAAAAAAAGAUCCGAUAUAAUAGGCGCCUUUAAAUUAGAACCUCUCUACCUGCAGCAUCAACAUCAGGAGUCUGGCCUUGUAACAGAUUAUCGGCACUGGCAAAUCCCCCUGGAGAGGAGGUUCCGCUCCCUGAAGCUCUGGUUCGUGCUGCGGAUGUACGGGGUCACGGGACUGCAGGAGCACAUCCGCAAGCACGUCAGGCUGUCGCAUCUGUUUGAACAUUUAGUCCUUCAGGAUGAAAGAUUUGAGAUCUGCGCUGAGGUUGUCUUGGGACUGGUCUGUUUUCGGCUGAAGGGCUCAAAUGAACUCAAUGAGGCGCUGCUUAAACGCAUAAAUGAGGCCAAGAAGAUCCAUCUGGUCCCGUGCCACCUGCGAGAGAAGUUUGUGCUACGUUUUGCUAUUUGUUCCCGCACAGUGGAAGCCACCCACGUCAAGUUUGCCUGGCAGCACAUCUCACAGCUGGCGACCGAUCUUCUGAAAGCAUGGGAGCACCAGCAGUAACAGCAGUGGAGCGGCAGCAAUUAGCUGGCUUUCUCUGGGUUGCCAAGUUUUAUUUUAGGGGCGGGCAGGUGGGAAAGUCAAAUCACGAAGGAAAAAAAAUACAAACCCUGUUGUUAUAUAGCCCAGCUGCAGUAGCAAAAUCCUUGCCAGCAAGUUGUGUUGUAACCUUAGUCAUUCCUUCUCUGUUCUGUAGUUGCAUCUUG